ACACACACUCACAGAGCGAGUAGACGCAGGACGUAAAGCUUGACAUCAUUUCUCCUCAGUGCAAUACGGAGUACUGUGUGUUCACCCACACUCGAGCUGAGAACAAGGUGGGAAUGAGGAGCUUUGGCAGCAGUGGGUGCUACGUUAGGAUAAAUGCGGAAUGAAAUAUGAGCAGAGACGCUUACAGCUGUACAGACAGGAAGUGAAGCUGUUUUGCCUCCGACUCAUUUCCUUCACUGAAUUGAACACUUAGAACCACAUGUCUGUCUCUUUUUAGCAUGUUCCACUUUGAGGACUUGUGCUUGAGCUUUGCAAAAUCAUGACAGGAUGGACAGAUAGAACAAGGCCAUAAUGGACAAUCCUGGAUCGAAAAUCCUGUCAUUUUCCACCUCAGAGGCCAUUUUGUUUUGUAAAGCAACUCAUCAUAGACCAUAAAACCCACAAUCCAUUUGGCAGGAACAAGCCAAGCCAGAAGUGAAUUCCUGUUACUUUGGUGGUUCCUUUAAAUCUUUUCUCUGGAAAUCCACCCCGAGGUUUAGUCUGUCUUAACCAUGAUGUUGAGAAGAAAACUGUACUUAGGCACUUUGCUAGGUGCUAUUUUGUUUUUAAUGAUAGCUGCUCACACCAUUCAGAAGGCCAGUGUUGUGCCCAUCACAGAUUUACCCACUCAUCACGAUUUCAGGAUACCAAUGAAGAACCAGACACAGUUACAGAUGGUUGUCACAGAGCCAAGACGAGGUCAUUCCUGUAGCUGUCCUUCCUGUAUAGCAGACAAGGGUGUGUCGGAGUGGUUUGACCAACACUAUGAUCAUAAACAGCAACCUUACCUCACCGGCAGGGAUGAUGACAUAGAUCCACUUUCUCUGAAGUGGUGGCUGUCUUUGCAGGCAUCUGAUGGAGUGAUCAAGGACGUCACCCAGAAGAUGUUUAAGAUCAUUUCACCUCCACAUGAGAACGAAAUGCCACAGCAGAGCCAGUGCCGGAAGUGUGCAGUUGUUGGAAACUCUGGGAAUCUGUUGAAGUCCAAAUAUGGAGCCUUGAUAGAUUCGCACUCAGCUGUUAUUAGAAUGAAUAAGGCCGUAACUGUGGGUUUUGAAGAGGAUGUUGGUAACCGGACCACCCACCACUUCAUGUACCCAGAGAGUGCGAUCGAUCUGGGACCUGGUGUCCAUCUCGUCUUCCUUCCCUUCAAACUGAAAGACAUGCAGUGGUUGUCCAGUGCCCUUUCCACAGGAGAGAUCAAAAUGACGUACAUGAGAGUGAAAAAUCGUGUAGAAGCUGACAAAGACAAGGUGAUAGUUGUAAAUCCAGCCUUCUUUAAAUACACACAUGACAAAUGGACAGAGCGUCAUGGACGGUACCCGUCCACCGGGAUAGUAGCCAUUAUAUUUGCUCUGCAUCUCUGUGAUGAGGUGUCAGUGUUUGGAUAUGGGGCAGACAAGCAAGGAAACUGGCACCACUACUGGGAGUACAACAGAUACGCCGGCGCCUUUCGAAAGACGGGCGUCCACAAUGCAGAUUUCGAGACUGAGAUCAUUCAGAGGCUCAACAAAGAGGGCAAAAUCAAACUCUACAGAUGAGCCUGUAAUUGUGGCCAUCAUUGACUCAGUACUGCUCAAAGCCAGGAUGUGCAGCAGCUGUAUGGAAGCCAAAGAGACGCAGAUCUGCGAUCCACCCUACCAUUAAUUGACCACUGUGAACUGCACUGAACCAAACCCAUAGACAUCAAGACCAAAUUAACUUCUGUUCUUUCACUUGCUUUGUGCCUGAAGAAAAGACGGAUGUUUGCCUUCCUUCCGGGCAUUGAAACUUCGAAGAUGACAAAAAGUAAGCAAAACGGCUUGAUGUGAGCCUCCUUAUAUUCUUCUUUCUUACUGCAACUGUUCUGAAUAGCCUCACACAGUGUCUGUACUGCAAAUGUUCAAAACUAGUUUCAUGUAUAGUCAACAAAGCUGUCUGCACUGCAAUGGCAUUUAAGCCUUAAAGUCAACAUGAAGCAGAAUUCACAACCCAGCAACAGAAUAUUAGAUGAGAGGGGGCGGGGCUUGAUUUUAUCUAUUGGUAAUUGAUUGGAUCAUGAAAAAUGGGUGUUAAAUACCAGAUUGGACCAUCUGUUGUUUGGUUGGGAGAGUUUUACGUCAGCCGAAAAGGAAAUGUGUUUCGGAGGCCAAGCAAGCUGUUAAAUUUUGAUGAAAGCUUAUUAAAACAGACAGUUUUAUUAGAAAUAGCAUGUAAUGAUAAAUCAGUAUUAAAAGGAUAGUUCACCCAAAAAUAACUUUUUCUUCACAUUGGAGAACAUAGGGGUUCAAACAAUAUUGGACCCCAUUGACUUUCAUUUCAUGGACAAAAAUGAAACGUUUUUUUUUUUUUCCAAAUAUAUA